AUAUUAUUGGAACAAAAACAAAAGGAUCCGUUGCAUGUAAACUUAUGUUUCGUUGGUUUAAAGAAUAUUUCGUAGAAAAGAAUUUUUCGGUCGACCUGGCGUAGCCGCCAUUGUUAACGACUGGGUGGCAAGGGAGUUGCCCAGUUUUCAUAAAAGAAAGUUAUUUACCGUUUUUUCGAAGAUCCUGUAAAGAUAUUUGUUUUGACAGAAAAAGAUAAGAAUAAAAACUUUUUAAAUUAUAAGUUACCAUAAUCUUACAAUCGAAAUGCCAAUUCCCUGUACGACAAAUUGUGGGAAAGAUGCCAUUCUCAAAAGACCAAAAACUGGACAUACUUUGUGUAAAGAUUGUUUCUUCUCAGCUUUUGAAAUCGAAGUUCACAACACCAUUGUAACUGGUAAAUUAUUUAAGCCAGGUGAUAAAGUUGCUAUCGGAGCAUCUGGAGGAAAAGAUUCUACAGUACUUGCAUAUGUAUUAAAAACAUUGAAUGAUCGAUACCAAUAUGGAAUUGAAUUGUUUCUCUUAUCGAUCGACGAAGGAAUUACUGGAUAUAGGGACGAUAGUUUGAAAACUGUUCAACAGAAUAAAGAUGAUUAUGGAUUACCACUGAAAAUAUUAUCUUACAAAGAAUUAUAUGGAUGGACUAUGGAUGAAAUUGUGGCAGAAAUAGGUAAGAAGAAUAAUUGUACAUUCUGUGGUGUUUUUCGAAGACAAGCACUAGAUAGGGGAGCUGCUCUGUUAGGUGUAGAUUGUAUCGCAACAGGACACAAUGCCGACGAUAUAGCCGAAACAGUUCUUAUGAAUAUUUUACGAGGUGAUGUCGCGAGACUACAGAGGUGUACUUCGGUUAUUACUGCUGGAGCAGAUUGCAUAAGACGAUGUAAACCGCUUAAAUAUGCUUACGAGAAAGAGAUAGUCAUGUACGCAUAUUUCAAACGUCUGGUAUAUUUUUCAACCGAAUGUGUAUUUGCUCCAAAUGCGUAUAGAGGUCACGCAAGGACAUUUCUUAAAGAUUUAGAAAAAAUUAGACCUUCGUCAAUAUUGGAUAUAAUUCAUUCCGGAGAAACGUUACAAGUGAAAGAUAAUAUUAAAAUGCCCGAAAGAAGGAACUGUACGCGUUGCGGAUUUGUUUCGAGUCAAGAAAUAUGUAAAGCUUGCGUCAUGUUGGAAGGUUUAAAUAGAGGAUUACCAAAGCUUGGCGUCGGAAAAUCCAGUAAAAUUAAACGAGUAAUGAAUUCAUUUACAAAUGAAAAUGACAUAAACAAAGACGAUAAUAAAAAUAAAAUUUUAGAAUUUUAAUAGA